CGGCAAUUUAUUAGCAUUUAGAAGUAAACAUCAUUGGGAUUACAAUAUGAGAAAAUUGGCCAAAAAAUAUGGUCCAAUAUUUACCGUAUAUUUGGGAAACAGUCCACAAAUUAUUGUUACCGAUCCGGUCAUAGCUAGAGAUGUAUUCAAUAAAUCAGAUUUUGCGGGAAGGACUGAAACUUAUCUUGUCAAAUUAAUUGGUGAUGGUGUCAUAAUGGCUGAUUACGGACCCAAUUGGGAAACGCGUAGACUUGUUGCGCACGCGGCAGUUAAAAAAUAUUCAAAAAAUGAACGAUUGGUUAACGUAGUCGUCGAUUGUGUCGAUAAAACAGUGGAAACAAUGUUGAAAACUAGUAUUGAACGAGAUUUUUGCGAUACAUUGAUUGCGGCUAAAAAUAAUGCGCUCCGGGAUGUGGAACAGGGAGAGGGAGGUAGCAAACAAUCGCUGGCUAAGUAUCUAACGGAUGAUAAGCUCGGUAUGACUGUGUUGGACGUAUUUUUUGCCGGAAACGAUACAUCCUAUACUACAUUUCAAUGGCUGCUAUUGUUUUUAGCAAAUGAUUUAGUGGUACAGAAAAAAUUACGUAAAGAUAUUUCCGAUAAAAUCGGUGACCGAUUGCCAACACUAGACGAUAGACAUCGAUAUUCAGAAAUGUUGUUCCCGUAG